CACAAACUAGAACAUCUGGAUUUAGGUCGUGUGGGAUAAUGAAGUUAUUACUGAAAUUUUGGUAUAAUUACUCAAUAGUUUUAGGGACUUGAUAAAAACUGAUCGUUUCGUGUGAGAUAUGUUUCUUAUCACAACAACAUUAUUCAGACGUAUUAACAACAAAGUGUACAAAUAGCCUGUAAUAUUUUAGCAAAAAACGUACAUAUCAGGGAAAACAAGCAUCCUAAAUUUAGAAUUUAUGUUUCAUAAUUGCAAAUCCUCAAUUAAUUGCUUUUCCACACUCGCGUCCAAAGGUUGCAUUUAGUGUAAAGUUCGUACAAUGGCAACAAAACUGUUCAAAUCUGUGAUUUUGGGCGCCCCAGCGUCCGGCAAAGGCACAAUAUCCUCCCGUAUCGUGAAAAACUUCAACCUGGAGCACAUCUCAAGCGGGGACAAGCUAAGACUGAACAUACAAAACCAAACACCCGUGGGGAAAGAAGUCGCAAAGUAUCUCCAAUCAGGCCAAUUGGUACCCGACGAUUUAAUGAUCAAAUUUAUAACAGGGGAGAUCCAAGCAGUUGGGAAUAAACCGUGGCUGCUUGACGGCUUCCCGAGGACAGUCACCCAAGCCGGUGCUCUGUGGUCGGUCCAGACCCUGGACGUUGUCCUGAACCUGGUGGUGCCCUUCGACGUGAUCAUUGAACGGGUCAAAGGGCGAUGGGUGCAUUUGCCCAGUGGGAGGGUGUACAACACGGAUUUCAACGCGCCUAAAGUGCCAGGAAAGGAUGACGUCACGGGAGAGGAUUUGGUGCAACGGGAGGACGAUAAGCCCGAAGUUGUGAGGAAGCGGCUGGAGCACUACGAGAAAUUAACGAGGCCUGUGGUUGACUAUUACAGGGAUAAGGGCGUUCUACAGGAGUUUCAAGGGAACACGUCUGAUGAGAUCUGGCCCAAGGUGCUAGACUGUCUCGCCACGUACAUACCGCUCAACAUCACGGCGCAGAAAUCGAAGAUUUAAUCAGCUUUGUAACAAAUACUUUAUUUUUAAUAAAAGACGAGCAUUCAUAACUAAAA